AUGAAUUAUUUGGAUCGAUUACCUGAUGAAAUCAUAGGAUGUAUCUUUGAACAACUGGACUCUUUGUCAACCAUUUAUCAAUUUUUAUUGACAUGUCAUCGAAUACAUUCCAUCACUUCUACUACACCACGUCUAUUGGCUUGUUGGUUAGUCAAACAACAAGGACCCCGCUUUGCUAUUUAUUAUGCCAUUCUUUCUAUGCCUCAUCUAUGUGAUGAUCGGUUUAUCCAACUUCUACUCAAUCAAGGUGCCUUAUUAUCUCGUCAUCUGGUCCAACAACUUGUUCUGCUUUAUGGAAAAUCAUCAUCAUCAUCAUGCAUUAGUUCUUCUCAAUUCAGCCAAUCUCUUCAACAACUCCCUUUUUCAGGGUAUGCGACUUUAAUCCAUCAAGGUUCUCGACUUUACGGUAAUAUCAUGGUGACCAAGACUCAAAUGGAUUACACCCAAUUGAUGGCGAGCACAAAUAUUGAACAAUGGCAAAUGGCGAUUCAAGAUCAUUAUUUUGUACCUGCACCUGUUAUUCAUGGUCCAUCUAGUUACUCACGGUCCUUUCUUCGUCUGGUUAUCAUGCGUCCUGAUUUGUUUAAUUUAUUCUCACCUGUGUUUGGGUUUGAUCUCGAAGCUCGGUGUGCACUUUGGGAAUCUAUCUUUUUAUAUCUACUUGAUCUAUCAUUCUCACAUCAUUCCACCCAUCACGACAAAUUGGCUCUUUUGGAUCGUAUCAUCACACCCAAGCAACACAUUCGAUUCGUUCUAUCAAAAGAACAUAGGAUCGUGGGUGAUCAAGACGCCUUUGUGCACUCGUUUAUUUCAUUUUUUGGAAAAUACACCCAUGGCUAUUUGGCUGAUCAGUUUAUGAACAAGUUACUUGGUUUCCUCUUUGAUUACAUUCAUCCUUCUUUUGAUCUCAAAUUGGCUUUGUUGGAAAUCUCGGAGACACUACCACCUACUCGUAAGGAUAUCUCUCAUCUUGUCAAACAAUUCUUGAAAUGUCGAUCCUUAGUUUAA